AGGACCCACGUGGAUUCUGCCUGUGUUUCUGUGUCUCUGAGAGCUGUGAAACUCCCCCCUAAUUUCUCAGCUACAACUUAGUCGACAUGGGGCGCUCGGGCAAGUUACCAUCGGGUGUGUCGGCCAAGUUGAAACGCUGGAAGAAAGGACACAGCAGCGACAGCAACCCCGCCAUCUGCCGCCACCGCCAGGCCGCCCGCAGCCGCUUCUUCAGCCGGCCUUCAGGAAAGAGCGACCUGACGGUUGAUGCUGUGAAGUUGCACAAUGAAUUGCAGUCAGGGUCCGUGCGCCUGGGCAGAGGCGAAGGGGCCGAAAUGGCCGUGGAUGAAGAGCUGGCGCCUGCUCUCACCGAGAAGUCCUCGGCCACCUUCCUGAGUGGCCUCUCCGACUGCACAAAUGUCACCUUCAGCAAAGUGCAACGCUUCUGGGAGUCCAACUCAGCCGCCCACAAGGAGAUCUGUGCUGUUCUGGCUGCUGUCACUGAGGUGAUUCGCUCCCAGGGAGGGAAGGAGACUGAGACUGAGUACUUUGCCUCACUGAUGACAACACUGGAAGCAGUGGAGUCCCCAGAAUCCCUGGCUGCUGUCGGUUACCUGCUCAACCUUGUCCUGAAGCGUGUGCCCAGCCCUGUGCUCAUUAAGAAGUUUUCUGAUACCUCCAAAGCUUUCAUGGCUAUCCUGUCAGCCCAGGCUAGCAGCGACUCCACAUCCGCCCUCCGAUGGAUCCUUUCCUGUCUGGCCACCCUCCUGCGGAAGCAGGACCUGGAGGCCUGGAGCUAUCCUGUGACCCUACAGGUGUACCAUGGCUUGCUGAGCUUCACUGUGCAUGCUAAGCCCAAGAUCCGGAAGGCCGCCCAGCAUGGAGUGUGCUCUGUCCUCAAGGGCAGUGAGUUCAUGUUCUGUGAAAAGGCUCCUGCCCACCAUCCUGCUGCCAUUUCCACUGCCAAGUUCUGCAUCCAGGAGAUUGAAAAGUCUGGAGGCUCCAAGGAGGCUACCAGCACACUGCACAUGCUGACUUUGCUGAAGGACCUGCUGCCCUGUUUCCCGGAAGCCCUGGUGAAGAGCUGUAGCGAGACUCUCCUCAGGGUCAUGACCCUCAGCCAUGUGCUGGUGACAUCCUGUGCCAUGCAGGCCUUUUAUAGCCUCUUCCAUGCCAAGCCCAGCCAGGGCACCCUGUCCGCAGAGCUCAACGCCCAGAUCAUCACGGCCUUGUAUGACUAUGUCCCCAGCGAGAAUGACUUACAGCCCCUCAUGGCCUGGCUUACAGUCAUGGAGAAAGCCCACAUCAACCUGGUCAGGCUGCAACGGGACCUAGGUCUAGGACACAUCCCUCGCUUUUUUGGAACUGCGAUGACCUGCCUCCUCUCCCCCCACUCACAGGUGGUGUCAGCAGCCUCCUUGAGCCUCCAGGAGAUCCUGCAGGAAUGUGUUGCCCCUCACAUGGCAGACAUUGGGUCUGUAACCCCCUCAGCCUCAGGCCCUGCUCAGUACAUCGCCAAGAUGUUCAGGGCUGUGGAGGACGGCCUGACAUACAAGUUCCAUGCAGCGUGGAGCUUCGUGCUGCAGCUGCUAUGUGUCUUCUUCCAGGCAUGUGGGAAACAGGCCCACCCUGUGAUGAAGAAGUGCCUCCAAUCCCUGGGUGACCUGCGCCUAUCCCCCCACUUCCCCCACACAGCAGCUCUGGACCAGGCAGUGGGGGCUGCAGUGGCCAGCAUGGGCCCCGAGGUGGUUCUAGAGGCAGUGCCAUUGGAGAUCGAUGGCUCUGAAGAGACUCUGGAUUUCCCACGGAGCUGGCUACUGCCUGUCAUCCGGGACUAUGUUCAGGAAACACGACUUGCCUUCUUCACCACCUACUUCUUGCCCCUGGCUACCACCCUGAAGAGCAAAGCAAUGGACUUGGCCCAGGCGGGAAGCAUGGUGGAGUCCAAGAUCUAUGACACCCUUCAGUGGCAGAUUUGGACCCUCCUGCCUGGGUUCUGCACAAGGCCCACAGAUGUUGCCACUUCCUUCAAAGGGCUGGCACGGACGCUGGGCACAGCCAUCAGUGAGCGCCCAGACCUGAGGGUCACUGUGUGCCAGGCCCUGCGCACCCUUAUCACCAAGGGCUGUGAGGCAGAGGCCGAUCAAGCUGAAGUGAGCCGCUUUGCCAAAAACUUUCUGCCAAUCCUCUUCAACCUGUACGGGCAGCCUAUUGCAGCUGGAGAAACCCCAGCCCCUCGCCGGGCUGUGCUGGAGACCAUCAAAACUUACCUGACCAUCACUGAGCCUCAGCUGGUGAAUAGUUUCUUGGAAAAAGCCAGUGAGAAGGUGCUCGACCAUACCAGCUCUGACUUCACCAGACUGUCUGUCCUGGAUUUGGUCGUGGCCUUAGCACCUCAUGCAGAUGAAGCUGCCAUCAGCAAGCUGUACUCCAACAUCCGGCCCUAUCUGGAGAGCAAGGCCCAUGGCAUCCAGAAGAAGGCCUAUCGAGUGCUGGAGGAGGUAUGUGCCAGUCCACAGGGCCCCAGCGCCCUCUUCGUGCAGAGCCAUCUGGAUGACCUGAAGAAGACCCUGCUGGACUCGCUGCGCAGCACAUCUUCCCCUGCCAAGAGGCCCCGUUUGAAGUGCCUCACGCACAUUGUGAAGAAGCUCUCAGCCGAGCACGAGGACUUCAUUACUGCACUUGUCCCUGAGGUGAUCCUGUGCACCAAGGAGGUGUCAGUGGGUGCCCGGAAGAACGCCUUUGCCCUGUUGGUGGAGAUGGGCCAAGCCUUCAUUCGCUUUGGCCCGAGCCAGGAAGAGGCCCUGCAGCGCUUCCUUGUCCUCAUCUACCCCGGGCUGGUGGGCCCUGUGACCAUGGUCAGCUGCAGCAUCCUGGCCCUGACCCAUCUCUUGUUUGAGUUUAAAGGCCUGAUGGGGACCAGUACAGUGGAGCAGCUACUGCAGAAUGUGUGCCUGCUCCUGGCCUCCCGCACGCGAGACGUGGUCAAGUCAGCGCUGGGCUUCAUCAAGGUGGCAGUGGUCGUCAUGAAUGUGACGCACCUGUCUAAACACGUGCAGCUGGUGAUGGAAACCAUCGGGAAGCUUUCAGAUGAUAUGCGGCGGCACUUCCGAAUGAAGCUUCGGAACCUGUUCACCAAGUUCAUCCGCAAGUUUGGGUUUGAGCUAGUGAAUGGACUGCUGCCCCAGGAAUACCACAAGGUGCUGGUGAACAUACGGAAAGCCGAGGCUCGGGCCAAGAGGCACCGCGCCCUAAGUGAAGCUGCUGAGGAGGAGGAGGAAGAGGAGGAAGAAGAGGAGCCUAUCCAGGUCAAAGGCGACAGCAUUGAAGAAAUUCUGGCUGACUCAGAGGAGGAAGACGAGGAUGAGGACGAAAGGAGCCGGGGCAAGGAGCAGCGGAAGCUGGCCCGGCAGAGGAACAGGGCAUGGCUGAAGGAGGGCGGCGGGGACGAGCCCCUCAACUUCCUGGACCCCAAGGUGGCCCAGCGAGUCCUGGCUACACAGCCUGCACCAAGCCGGGGCAGAAAGAAGGAUCAUGGCUUCAAGGUGAGCGCUGAUGGUCGCCUGAUCAUCCGGGAGGAGGAGGAGGAGGACGAUGAUGCCAAGCUAGAGGAAGAGGAUGGCAUUAAAGGGGAUGAUGCAGAGAUAUCUGACCUGAUGGAAGACAUGGGCGUCAGGAGUAAAAAGCAACAGAAGCUUAAGCGCCAGAAAGAGGACGAUGAUGAGGAGCUGGAGAUGCCCCCUCAGUACCAAGCUGGAGGCUCUGGUAUCCAUCGCCCCAUGUCCAAGAAGGCUGCACCUGGAGCUGAAUACAAGGCCAAGAAAGCAAAGGGAGACAUGAAGAAGAAAGGUCGCCUGGACCCCUACGCCUAUAUCCCCCUCAACAGAUCCAGGCUGAACCGCAGGAAGAAGGUAAAGCUGCAGGGACAGUACAAAGGCCUGGUGAAAGCUGCCCAGCGUGGAUCCCAGCUGGGACACAAACUCCGCAAGAAGGAGCGUCGAUCCUAAAGACCCAGGGCCUCUGGGCUGCUCUGUGGUCCAGUGUGAGGUCCCGCUUGGCUCCCAAGCUGCCUUGACGCUCAAGGCUCUGGUGGAAUCUGGACUCAAAAUGACUUGUUGGAAUGAGAACUUGGCUCCCUAGAAGCUCGAAGGAUCUUGGAUAACCCAAACAGGAACUGCCCCUUUUUAGAGGCAUUUUUAGGGGCUUGAGGGCAUGUGGACUGGGAGCUGGCUGUGCUUUCCACCCAUGGCAACCGCACAACAGAGCAUCGAUUUGGAGCCUGUGGUCUGGGUGUGUGAAGUAUGCUGUGAACAGACUGGAAUAAACAAGCACCGUGUGUUGUUCCUGGAAA